AAAAUACAUAUAAUUGAAACUUCAAAUGAAGAUGUUUGGAGUUAAAACCUUAGUAGUAAUUUUAUUUUUACAUGUAAUGUUGGCAUCGAUGGCAACUGAAGCUGCGUCCGGUAAUAAGGUCAAACGUAUUAAGCCUCCUAAACCCGUGAAACCAGUACAAGAGCUUUUAACCUGCAAGAGUCGCAAAAGCAGGUGUUUCAUGAAGCGUAUCAAGUGUCCGGCUGAAUGUCCUAAGGUUAAACCGAAGAAUCCAAAAGACAAAGCGUGCUUUCUUGAUUGUUACUCACCCAAAUGUGAGGCCGUAUGUAAAUCCCGUAAACCAAACUGCAAUGGACCCGGGGCAGCAUGCUAUGAUCCACGAUUCAUAGGUGGAGAUGGAAUAGUAUUCUACUUUCAUGGGAAAAGCAACGAGCAUUUUAGUUUAAUCUCUGAUUCUGAUCUCCAAAUCAACGCACGUUUUAUUGGACUUAGGCCUGAAGGCAGAACUCGCGACUAUACAUGGAUCCAAGCGUUGGGUCUGAAGUUUGGUCAACAUAAUUUCACCCUUGAAGCAACCAAGGCCGAAAAAUGGGAUGAUAAUGUUGAUCACCUUAAGUUAUCAUUCGAUGGAAAGGAAUUGAUCAUUCCAGAAGGCCAUUCUUCUGAAUGGAAUUCGACAGAAGGAGAAAUACAAGUGGAAAGGACUUCACCAACUAAUAGCUUAAUGGUUAAUAUACCGGAUCUUGCUGAAAUAUCAGUUAAUGUGAUUCCAGUAUCAGAAGAGGAUAGUAAGAUACAUAAUUAUCAGAUUCCUGAAAAUGAUAGUUUUGCUCACUUGGAAGUACAAUUCCGAUUCUUUGGUUUAUCGUCUCAAGUUGAAGGGAUUCUUGGAAGGACUUAUCAACCAGAUUUCAUAAAUCCAGCAAAACCAGGGGUGGCAAUGCCGGUCAUAGGUGGUGAUGACAAAUACAAGACUAGUUCACUUCUUGCAAGUGAUUGUGCUCUUUGUGUGUUCUCUCCUGAUAAUGUUAAGGGUAUUGAAGAUGAGUCCCUAAAGAUGGAUUAUGGAAUGCUUGACUGCAAAGGUGGAGGGAAUGGAAUUACAUGCAAGAAAUAAGUAUCUUCUUGCAUAUAUAUUGCUUUAUUAAUCUCUCUCUUAAUGGUUGUUAUUGUCUGGUAUUGAUUGAUUAAUUUGUGUUUAAUUCAUAUUUAUAUGUGUGUGCUGUCUU